AUGGGGGCUGAUAAUCCCAUGGCUAUCUCCAUCCAGCUGCUAGGCAUUUACCGCAUCGCCGAUCCCGACAAAGUUUGGGCCGACCUAGCGGACUUGUCGAUCAAGGAGUACCAGGCCAUCGAACGAGAAGCUGGAGAGAGGUUUCACCAUGAGACGGGCUUCCUAGCAGUUGGAGAUCCCAGUAUGGACUACAUCCAUCAAGUGGAACAAACCAUGGCAUCUUUUGGCACUGAAGGACAGGACUUCUUUAUCUACACCAAAAAGGAGGACUUCGAACAGCACUUCCCCUUCUUAAGGCUGUCCUUUGACGAACACAGCUGGAGGGGUCUCUGGCAGCCACGGAAAGCUGGGCAUUUGAGUCCUCGCACUUUGGCCCUGAUCCAAGCAGCUCUGGCUGGGAGGAAUGGUGCUGAUGUGAUCGACACCCAGCUAGAUGGAGUGCACGCAGAGGCGGAGCAUUGGGUACUGCAGCUGCACGGGAAGGGGAGACUUGAGGCCAAGAAGGUGCUGCUGGCGGCCGGAUGGAACACUUCCUGGCUCAGCAAAGAGACCGAGAGAUUGGACAUCAAACAUCAGAUGUCACAGGCCGUGCUGUUGGAAGUCUCUGAGCCCAUGCCGACGAUGCCGGUGAUUAUUUUGAGAGGGCCCAGGGAUCCGGAGGAGUAUUGGUACGUCUUGCCACCAAUCAAAUACCCUGACGGUCGCACCUAUUUGAAGAUGGGAUAUGAAGGCAAAGCACUGAACAAGGUCUUGUCAUCGCAGGAGGAAUCUCAGCGCUGGAUGCAGAGCGGCCGAGCGGUGCCCGAGCUGUUUUCGGCGGCGGAGAGGAUGGCCAAGCAGUUUUUUCCAGGCGCGGCCUUUACUGGCCAGCGCCGCAGCAUCGUGUGCAUCACGGAUGCUACGCAGCCCACAGCGCAAGGAGAACAGCGGCCGUACAUCGAUUUUUUGCAGAAGGGCUUGGCUGUCGCCAGUGGAGGCAACGGCUGGGCUGCCAAGAGCUCAGACCACAUCGGCUGGUUGGCUGCGGAGAUGAUGUCCAACGCUUCGGGAUGGGCCAGCGAUGAGGUUCCCAAAAGAGCUCUUCCAAGCUUGCUACAAGUCUCGUUUGUGAGCGGCCAUGGCGCAUGGCGCGCCGUGGUGCGUGCAGUGAGUCAUGCCGACCGCUGGGACCGCUGGGACCCGCAGGCACUUGGUUUUCGUUUCGUUGAACCCUGGGAUGUUUUGUGGUCCCAGAUUCGAGUCCGGGAUGCGACGUCCGGGACUUGUUGUGCCGCUGAGAUCGAUGAGGGUCACCAGGAUCAAGAUCAGGGUGAAAAGAAUGACGUGGGCAUGGGUGAGGUCCCAACUGACCAGGCCCUGUAUGGAAAUUUACAGCUGCGAGCGGAACUUCUGCACGAGGUCUUGCAAGGAGAGAGGCCCAUUCAGCCGGAGGAGCUCCAAGGUCCCUGGAUUGACGUCACGUCAGCAGUGCAGUGCCUGGUGGAGCAGUCCGCCAUCAGAGUGCAUGGCAGCGCAACCUACUCCAAGGCAGAUCUUCCGGGUUUCUACAACCCAACGCCCUUGCGGCUUGCUGGCACUCUGGGACCG